CUCCUAAAAACCGAAACUUAAAACCCUAUAGCUAGCUGAUCAAUAGUUAAGGAUAUGUCUGGUGUUUGGGUGUUCAACAAUGGUGUGCUUCGACUAGUGGGGAACCCUGGAAGUGAUUCCUUUCAGGGUUUGGCCCGACGUAAGGUCUUGGUUCAUUUACCCUCCAACGAAGUGGUUACUUCAUACAAUGUACUCGAAAGAAUCCUGUCAUCAUUCGGGUGGGAAAGGUACUAUGAUGAUCCUGAUUUGUUGCAGUUUCACAAAAGGUCAACCGUGCAUCUCAUUUCUCUCCCUAAACACUUUAACAAGCUCAAAUCGAUGCAUAUGUAUGAUAUAGUCGUCAAGAACCGGAACAUGUUCGAAGUAAGAGAUAUGUACAUUGACUAAUGAACAUAUAUGUUGUGUUUUCUGUCUGAAUUACUCUCACAUUGAAGUCAGUGGGUUGUUUGUUUGUUAGGUGUAAGUAUGUACCUUAAAUCGCUUAAAAAGUUACUCCAAGUUCUAUUAUAUGAGUUCCUCAUAAUGUUUGAGUGAGCUCAAAUUUGAAGUUUCUUUUCUUUUUAAGAUUUAAGAAGCUAAUUUCAUGUGGAUCAAGGGUUGAUUAGUGUU